AGGAAGAAGAUCUGCAGCCAUGUCGAUGAGUUCCACCACACCAGACGAUGCGACAGUGGACGCCACGAACACGUCGUCAACCACGAUCCCCACAAUCGUCGAGUGCGACGACGACGGCGGUGUCGUGGACUCGAGCUUGCUCGAGAUGCUGGGCCUGACCAUGAGCGAGCUGCAGCAGCUGUCGGCACUCAGUGUCGAGAGUCCCCGGGCACCCGCCAACAGCCUCGAGAGCCUUGACAGCCACGCCGGGCCAAGCGAGGACACCGGGUCGCCCGAGACGCGGCGAUCCAGCUUCGGUUCUUCCGACAGGGCUGGAGAACGGCUGCAGCCAGCGCCGGUCGGAGGUGACAGUGCCAUCAACGAGACUGUCUCGGAAAAGGCCAAGGCUCAACGCCCCUCGCACUCAGCGGUGCCGCUUUCCUGCGUGGCCGUUCUGACGAUCGUCUUCUUGCUGGCCUUCGCCUACGGCGUCUUCCUCUUUCGCCUUGCCCACAUCCCAGGGCCGGACAAGAAGACAGGCGUACACCGGUCGGCCAACGACACAGGCGCUGAUCGCGACUGACUGGCGUGCGCCUCGGCUUACGGAAAGCACUUGCCCUGCAGGGCUAACCAUUUGUGUUAUAUUGUUUGUUUAACUGAACAUGA